AUGCUAGCGACGUACCUCGACCUCACAUCACCCUCCUCGGGUACUCCCAACGAGAACGAUCCCGCCCCCAACAACGGCCUAUCACAAGCCGUCGCCGCAGCAUACAACAAAAUUCCAACCUUCAUGUCCCGCUUCUCCAUUACGGACGCCCCCUCGUUCCUCCGCUUCGCCAACGACUUGUUGACCUGGGUUCCGAGCGAGGGGUGCGAGGGGCGGGAUAUCUAUGACGUGCUGUGUAUGUUCUACUUUGUGUUGGGGCAGGAGCCGUUGGGUUCGUUGCAGGCGAGGAUCGUACCGCGCGGAGAGAGACAUAUGAGUUGGUUGUCGGAUUGGAUGGUUGUUUACGCGCAGAUGAUUGGAUCGUGGAUGGAUUCGGGGGAGUCUAUUACGCAGGAGAGUCUGGAGACGUUUUGGAGGUGUGGGAGGUAUAAUUUGCAUGAGGCUGUUGUUCCGGAGGGCGGGUUUAGGUCGUUUAAUGAGUUUUUUGGGAGGAGGUUGAGGGAAGGGGCGAGGGAUGUUGAAGGGUUUGGAGAUGAUGAGGUUGUGGUGUAUCCUGCUGAUUGUAGGCUUGCUGGGGAUGAGGGUAGUGAUGGAGGAGGAGGUGGUGGGAUUGUGGAGGUUGAGAGGGGGGGUGUUGUGAGGAUUAAGGGGUUGCCGUGGACUAUUGGGGAGUUGUUGGGUAGUUGCGGUGGAGGGGAGGAGUUUGAGGGGGGAAUAUGGAUGCAUGCUUUUUUGAAUACGUAUAAUUAUCAUCAUGUUCAUGCCCCUGUUUCGGGGAGGGUUAUUGAGGCGAGGAAGGUUAGGGGGUUGGCUUGCUUUGAGGUCGUUGUCGAUGAGGAGGAGAAGAAACCAACUUGCCGGCCAGUUGAAGAUGUCGCACGGCAGAAGGAGGAGAGGGGGUUAACGGCGCCGAACACGCCUGGAUACCAAUUCCUUCAGACUCGAGGGGUUGUUAUCAUCGAGAAUCCUUUGCUGGGGAAGGUCGCGGUGUUGCCUGUGGGUAUGGCGAUGGUUUCCUCAGUGAGGUUGAGUGUCGAGGUUGGCGAUGUUGUGGAGAAGGGGGAUGAGAUUGCGGGCUUCGCGUUUGGAGGGAGUGAUGUUGUUUGUGUUUUUGAGGGGAGGGCUGGGUUGAGGGUUGAGGAUUUCGUGAGGAGUCCGAGGGGGGAGGGGGAGUGGUCUAGGUAUGGGAGUGUUCUGGCGAGGGUUCCUUGA